GUACCGCACCACCAUCAUGGAUACGAGCCGUGUGCAGCCCAUCAAGCUUGCCAGGGUCACCAAGGUGCUGGGCAGGACCGGUUCUCAGGGACAGUGCAUGCAGGUGUGCGUAGAAUUCAUGGAUGACAUGAGCUGCUUCAUCAUCCGAAACGUGAAAGGCCCCGUGCGCGAGGGCGACGUGCUCACCCUAUUGGAGUCAGAGCGAGAGGCUCGGAGGCUGCGCUGAACUUGGGACUGGGUCCUGGAUGUCUGGGUCGACCACCUGGCCCACGAGGAUGAUCUGCUGUUAAUAAAGCAUUUAUAUUGUGCGUAAAAAAAAAAAAAAUUAUGAGAUGACACUUCACACCCACAAAAAUGACUCUAAUAAGAAAAAGACAAUAACAGAUUUUGGUGAGGAUGUAGAGAAACUGGAACCCUCAUAUGUUGUUAGCAGGAAUGUAAAAUGGUACAGUCACUUCGGAAAAUAUUUUGGUAGUUUCUUAAAAUGUUAAAAAUAAAUUUACCACAUAACCCAAACAAUUCUUCUCUUAGGUAUCUACCCUCUCAAAAUGAAAAUAUAUGUCCAUGUAAAGACUUGUACACAAAUGGUCAUAGAAACAUUAUUCAUAAUAGCCAAAAAAGUGGAAAUAAUUCAAAUGUCCAUCAACUGGUGAAUGGAUGAACACAAUGUAGUGCAGACAUAAAGGAGACUACUGUUAGGCAAUAAAAAGAAAUGAGGUAAUGAUACAUAUUACAACAUGAAUGAACCUCCAGAAUGUUAUGCUAAGUGAAAGAAGCCAGACACAAAGACUACAUUUUGUAUGCUCCUAUUUAUAUGAAAUUUCUAGAAAAGGCAAAACUAUAGAGAUAAAAAGAUCAGUGGUUGCCUAGAAUUAGAAACUGCAAAUUGGCCACAAGUUUUCUUUUGGGGGCAACAGAAAUGUCCGAAAAUUAAACUGUGGUGAUGAUUUCACAACUUUGUAAAAUUACUGAAAAACAAUUUAAUUGUACACUUAAAAUGAGUGAAUUUUAUGGUAUGUAAUUUACCUCAAUAAAGCUGUUAAAAGCUGUUAUGUAAAA